UGGCUAUGAAGAUCUACCUCCAAUCAUGAAAGACUUAAAUUUAGAUUACUUUGAGGAGGCAGCUAAAUUUGUGCAAAGUCAUCCAAAGGUCAAAGGUCCGAACAUUGGAGUGAUUGGUUCUGGCAAAGGGGCAGAGUUGGCACUUUCCAUGGCUAGCUUUCUCCCAAAUAUAGCUGCAGUUGUGAGCAUCAAUGGCUGCAUCUCUAACACAGCCGCUGCCCUCACAUGUGGUAGAUUAAUACUGCCAGGACUACCUUUUAACCUGAACAAAAUCUCUGCAACCAGUUCAGGGGUAUACGAUGUUAAAGAAGCUCUGGAGGAUCCUUUGGAUCCAGCCUAUCAGGAAAGCCGUAUCCCUCUUGAAAAAGCCUGUGCCCAUAUCCUUUUUAUCAUUGGAGAGGAUGACAGACAUUGGAAGAGCUCUGUUUAUGCUGACAUAGCUGUGAAGCACCUCACAAAGCACGGGAAGACAAAUUUCACUCUUUUAAGCUACCCUAAUGCUGGCCACAGAAUAGAUCCCCCUUAUAGCCCUUUUUUCUCGGCAGCCCUGGACCCUGUAUUGGGGGUGCCUGUUUUAGGAGGUGGGCAGCUCAAAGCUCACGCUGUUGCUCAGAUUGAGUCUUGGAAGAAGAUCUUGGAGUUUUUGCACUUGCAUCUAGGGUAAAGGCUUACAAACUGGACAGUCAAAUUUAGAAUGUG